GUUACUUCUGUUCCUGAGGAUGUUGGAACCGCUGGUGCACUUAGGGCCAUUGCUCACCACUUGACAGCAAAUGAUAUUUUGGUCGUGAGUGGUGAUCUUGUUUCUGAUGUUCCUCCUGGUGCAGUUGCAGCUGCACAUAGACGACACGAUGCUGUAGUUACUGCAAUGCUAUGUUCUGUUCCAAUCAGUGGGUCUUUAGAAUCUGGAUCCUCUGGUGGAAAAGACAAGACCAAAAAGGCAGUAGUCCACAAUAUUGUUGGACUUGAUCCUACCAAGCAGUUUUUAUUAUAUAUAGCGACAGGUGCUGAAAUAGAGAAAGACUAUAAGAUUCAGAAGAGCAUACUCCGUGCUGUUGGCCAGAUGGACAUCCGGGCCGAUCUCAUGGAUGCAUAUAUGUAUGCGUUCAAAAGAUCUGCUUUGCAAGAGGUUCUAGAUCAGAAAGAUACUCUCCGAAGCUUAAGGCAAGAUGUGUUGCCCUAUCUUGUGCAGAGCCAGUUGAGGUCUGAAGUUUUAGUGAAUGGAACACCACAAGCGGAAGAAAAUGGGAACGAGAAAGUCGGUUCCCACAAGAACCAAGUAUUGCUGUCACAGAUCCUUUCUAAUUCAUCUAGUACAAGUUUUCAUGAUCAUUGUGCAUAUGGUGCUAAUGGAUCUGUUCCUGUUCGAAAAACGCAUAAAUGUUGUGUUUAUAUUCCCACUAGUAGCAACUAUUGUGGUCGCUUAUGUUCAAUUCAAGCAUACAGCGAUAUUAAUCGAGAUGUUAUUGGAGAGGCAAGUCAUCUUUCAGGUUACUCUUUCUCUGCUCAAAAUAACAUCAUUCAGCCUUCUGCACAACUCGGAUCAAAAACCACUGUGGGGCCCCAUUGUAUGUUGGGAGAAGGUUCACAAAUGGGUGACAAAUGUAGCGUCAAACGGUCCGUAAUUGGCCGCCAUUGCCGGAUAGGCUCUAACGUGAAGAUCGUUAAUUCAGUCGUCAUGGAUCACGUUACGAUUGGAGACGGUUGUUCAAUUCAAGGUUCUGUUAUCUGCAGCAACGUACAACUUCAGGAGCGUGCUGUAUUGAGAGAUUGUCAAGUAGGAGCAGGUUUUGUGGUCACUGCUGCCUGCGAGUACAAAGGAGAGGCCCUGGCUAGAAAAGAAAAAUGAGUAGUUUCUAUUCUUUUGAACAUUGUUCUCCACCCGGAUACUCGUGUCUUUUACAUGUACACCAAGAAGUGGGGUGAGAAUUCGAACCUCCUGCCUUUUUAAGGAGGUACUAGUGUCUUAACUAGUUGAGAUCUCAUCGUUCAACUUUUGUUGAUGUUUUAAA